GCAGCUUCUUGGUUCAAGAAAUAUUUACCGUUCUUGCUAUUUGCAGCCACUGCAGAAUCAUCUCUUUCGGUAUGAUGGUGUGUCUUUAUUUACAGUAAACAGAGGAAGGCAGCCACAGUGAUGGACUGCUGCUGUGAGGCGUAGUCAAGGGUGACGUUGCUUUUAUUGCCUGUUUACAGCGUCGACACAGGGUGGUGAUGUUCUCACCGCUUUGCUUUUUUCAGUCUGCCAGCCCAAAUCUACAUGUGAGACUAAAAAUCCUCCGAUUGCAUGCAUGGAGCCAGUAGAAGAAGCUAAAAUUAAAGAGAAAGAUGUGCCAAAAGCAAAUGCAGCAAUGUUCAGCAUUGUGUUCUGACAAAGACUUUAGUGGAACAGCAUCCGAGUUGUGCACGAGUACACUAAUCUCCACUGAAUAAAAUAAUUACAUUUGGCUUAAUUAAGACUUAACGCCCUUUUUUGGGGAGUGGAGUCCUCUCACACUGACUUCCUGUCUGCAUGUGCUGAGUGCAAGCAGACACAGCUUCCCUUUCUGCCAUCGCCUGCCGCGCUUUUCAGCAGCAGCAGUAGUUAGUUACUGUCAGGAGGCGAAUUCAAACCAUAACCAGCUUAGUUCUUCUAAGACCCCACUUUUCUUUUAAUGGAGAUUAGGCACAGAAGGAUGCAGGGUGUACUGUAAGGUUACAAGACUGGAUUGCAAAGCAGAUUCGAAAGUCAUGGCUCGUAGGAGUUCUCGCCUGGUGUCCGGCGGCUACUAUAACUCAGAUGAAGAAUCUGAUUCCAGCAGCGUGACGAACAUAUCCUACCGUGAAAACCCUGUAAAGGUUUUCAAGAAAAAGGCAGGGACUCGCAAGGCCGCUAGAGCCAAUAGCAAUGCUAGUUCCACCAGCCCCGAGCCGUCCAACACCACAGACCUGAGUCCUUCUCCUUUGGCCCAGCCGACCAUGAGGACCACAGCCUACGUUCCCACCCCUCGGCCUGCCCUGACCCCGUCGUCCGCGCGGAGUCAGACGCCCCCGCGCUGCCCCUUGGUGCCUCCAGAGAGGAGCCCCCGCCCUGAGCUCUGCAGCUCAGGCAUCCCAGGAUCACACCUGAGACCCAGCCGAGAACAGCUGAGUCCAAGCGGCGUGGACAGCUCAGGGUACUCGUCCUCUGAAGGCCCUCACAGGAAGCCCAUCAGCUGCGGCACCAGUAGGAUCUGUGGGCCCAGUGGGGCUCCCAGUGUUGGAUACAGAGGCAGAAUCAGCCGUGCCCUCUAUAGCCUGAUGGACUCCGUCUCAUUAAUGGCCGUCGCAGUCCGGUCGAAAAUAACACGUCUGGCAGCUUUAGCUAAUACUUCAUUCAGCAGUCGCACGAAGAAGGCCUGCGGUCUGUUCCUUCUGCUCCUCAUCCUGCUUCUGUGUAUUUGGUUCCUCCUUCCUUUGCUGACCUCCCUCUUCUCUCGCAUGACCAUCACAAAGACCCCGUCACAGAUAAAACCUCAGAGUCAGCCUGUUGUCCCUGCCACUCCUCCUCGACUCGACACCUUGCAUCCUACACCUGUGGUGGAUCCGGCUGUUGUUUCUGCUGCUGUAGAAACAAGGAUGAAGCGUGUUAUGGCGGAGCUGCAGCUCAGACAGGAUCAGCUUCUCUCUCAGAUGAAGGACAGACUACAGCUGGACAUGCGAGACAUGAGAGCCAAGCUUGAGGUUGUGGACUCGGACAGUCGGCUCCUCCUGGAGCAGGAGCUUGCUGGGUUGGGCAGGAAGCUGGUGGAUUACCAGACAGAAAGCCAGUCUGCUGCGGCCACCCUCCAAGUCAGGAUCCAAGCUUUGGAGGCCCAGAAUGCCAAGCUGUCCCAGGAGUGGUCGUCCGUCCAGCUCAGCCCUCCUCCAGCUCCUUGUCCUGAUACGAGCACCGACCCUGUCCACAACCAUCUCACCCCGGAGCUCCAGCAGGCCGUGGAGAAGUGGCUCACUGACCGCUUAAAGGAGCACGAUGCUGUCAGACUUGCUGACAAAGGAAGCUGCUCAGACUGUGGACGUCCCAUGGCUGAUAAAAUGGCCGACUUUGCACUGGAGACUCAAGGCGCCAGUGUGGUCAGUACGAGGUGUUCGGAAACAUAUCGUAUUCGUUCAGCGUGUGUGACCCUGUUCGGAUUCCCUCUGUGGUAUCCAUCUGAAAGCCCACGCACCGUUAUUCAGGGCUACCCGGUGCUGCUCCCAGGGAAGUGCUGGGCGUUUCAUGGUGUCCAGGGGACUCUUGUGAUCUCUCUGUCUCACCCGAUCAUGAUAACUCAUGUGACGCUGGACCACCUGCCGCGCUACAACUCCCCCACCGGCCGUAUUGACUCCGCCCCCAAAGACUUUGAAGUCUAUGGAAUGAAAAAUGACACAGAAGAAGGAACACUGCUGGGAACGUUCACUUAUGACGAGAACGGAGAGUCGACGCAGACGUUUAAGCUGCCUAAGCCCAGUGACGUGGUUUACCGAUUUGUGGAGCUGCGUGUCCUCACUAACUGGGGUCAUGUGGAAUAUACGUGUCUUUACCGCUUCCGUGUGCAUGGACAGAUCUCCUCCACGUGAGACGCCAGACUCGCUGAUGACGCGUUCUACCUUAUCAGAAAGUGCAUUUGCAGUCAUUUUAAAAGGUAGAAUUCGAUUGGGAGGUGUGAGAUGCGUUCAGGGCCAAAUGCUACUGAAAAAGAAAGUUUACCAUCAUAUCAUGUCACUCCUGUGUUUUUUGUGCACAAUUUAAAGUGCAAACUUGGCUUUGAAUAAAUGUAUAGAAUGACAUGUAAAAAGUGAUUUUACAAACCAAAAAUCUACCGAGUAAAACCAUCUAGGAGGUUGUGGUAACUUUAUACUUUCAGUCACAUCAGUGUUACGGCAUAAUUUUUGUGUUGUUAUUAAGUACCGUUGUUUUUUUGUCAGGUUGUUCCUAAUUCACAUUCAGCUGCAGAGGAGCAGCUUAGUGUUUCACGCUUUGCUCUUGUUCUCUGACAAGUGAAAGUCAGUGUUUUCGAAUUUACUGAUGCCCAGCUACUCUGGCUGCAAGCUUGCACGCGUUAGUGAUGAAGUGACAUUAGUGAAAGAGGUUCUACAUCGGUACUCAGGGCCUUUAAGGUAUCGACUGAAAUAACCCAGUACCAAGUACUAUCGGAACUCCUCCAUUCAAUCAAUACCUGCGUUUGAUUCUUUUCUGAUGUAGAAAAAGAUGACUAUUUGUGUGGUUUUGGCUGUGGUGAUGGCGAGUGUAGUGUAUUUGAGUGACUGGGUUAAUUCAUUUCAAUUCAAUGCUUUCAAAAUGUAUUCACGUAUUGAAAGAAGUAUCACGUUGGAUGCCGGUGUUUUACUGGUUUUUAAUGAUUCCCCUCCUGAUUAUUGCAGUUUAACAGCUCAGUUUGGUGGUGUGUGUGUGUGGGGGGGUUAACAGCUGUUAAUCCAUUUCUGACAGCUUGUUAUUGAUGUUGUGUCUGAUGGGAUGUACCAUCCUAUGAACAAGAGUCUGAAAUUCCACAGAGGGCAGCAGUGAAUGUUGUUUUUUUAACCAGAAUUGUUUGUUAUUGUCCAGUUCAGAUUGAUUUAAUACUCAUUCAGAAGAUCAAAUAUGCAGCUUUUGUAAUCUUUGUUUAUUUUUCUCUUGAACUCGUCAGGUUCAGUUUCAUUACUGGUACUUGAAUACUUGAAGACCUCCUUUUCUAAACUCUUUGAAUGAUGUCAUGUGUUGACUUCAUGACAAGUUUUCUAUUUCUUUGUAUAUAACACAGUUUUAUAUGAGCUACAGCAACCAGGAGGUUACGGAUGUGUUAUUUAUUUGUAAAAUGAGAAUCUUCAUGUUUCAAGUUAAUGUCUUUAUUUUAAUGACUUUCCAACACGAUGGAUUAGUACGUAACCAUCAGUUUUACUAAUCAAUAUCUCAUAACACACCCGCGUACCCGUUCACGCAAAUGUUGUUUGGGCCGCACACGUCAGUGUCAUUCAGUUUUCUCUGGUGUGUUCUUUGUUUGUUGUAAAGUACACUUAGACAGAAGAUGUUGGAGAAAAUAUUGUUCUUAUUACGAAGUGCACUAUAGGCGAAUCCAGGUAAUAUUCAUACUUUGUUUUCCUCUGCUGAAUACGUACUUGUCUUAAAGGAGAAUAAGGAGAAAGACUGAGGCUAAUAACAUAGAGAAGCUAUUUUAUUUUGACAUAUGUUGGUGAAGAUGAGGUCAUAUUUUUAACUUUGUGAGUUGUGUGGGUUUGAUAUAAAUUAUUUUAAUAUAAUUUCUGCAGAUAACACAUUUAUAAUCUUAAUGUAUUGCAUUUUGUAUUUAAACUUAUAAUGAUUUUAGGUAAUACAAGGACUUUGGUACAGUUCUAAUAUUUUCUCAUUUUACUUAAUUCAAGACCUUAAUUAUGCAUAACCGUGCAUUAAUUUUUGCAGUGCUUAAGAAUCUCUUGAAUGUCCUCAUGGUAGACGCACUUUCGUUUAAUCUUAGUACAAACAUGAUUGGCUUUUGAGAGACAAAUGAUAUGAGUGUUAUUAUUAGCAAAAUGUCUCUUUUCUUACCUAAAAGAGGUGCAUUUUGUCUUCCUGUUUGAAAGCUGUUGAUCAGCCUGUAAAGUCCCGUUGUUUGCAUCUUUGCAUACGCGCGCUCUUUUCUAAGCACAUAAUAUGUUAAUUCUUUUUGACUAUGUUGGUGUAAAUCUGUGCAAGCAGCACACAGAUGCUUCAGUAUAUCGGAGUUAAUUAGGCUCAGAGAUCAGGUCACUAAUUUAAAAAAGCCUAAAAUAAAUAAACAAAUCCAGAUUUUUAUUGUUAAUGAAACAUUUCAUCUGUCAGAUAGUACCUGAGGUGUUCAGAGUAUUUGAGUACUAAUGCUGUAAGCCAAAGUGGGAUGUUGUGUCUGAUUCAUUAAAUAAAACGCUGCAAUAUA